UUUCUCAGUUCACUCGUCAUUUUGCAUCCAGGAGAAGGGAUAGAACAGGAAGUCCAGCAGCCAGUGUCAGAGCCUGGAGCAGCUCCUCUCCUUCCUGGGGUUGAGUUCCUUGGUUUUCUUGUUUCGCCUGUGCUACCCCACUGCGGUUCUUCUACCACACUGGGUUUAGCAUGAAUCAGGAGUUGAUGCAGCCAAGGACAGAGAAAAACAUCCAGAUUUGGGAACACAAUAACAGAUAUGAUUGUCCCCACUUCUACUGCCAAAAUUUUAAAGCUGUUAACUCCUCCUCAUCAGCUUACCUGACUACUUCCAAGCAAAAGAGAUAAAGAACUAUUACUAAUUGGUGAUACUAGAUCAAUGAAGGGUGCUCGAAUCAUUGUGACUCCAGAAGAUGCACUUUAUGGAUGGGAAUUUACCAGGGAAACUAUUUUCCCUUAUCUGGAGGAUAUCCCAGACCCUCAGGUGAACUGGAUUCCUUGUCAAGACUCCCACAGAUUUGGUCACACACCAGUGCAAGCAAGACUCAGCUGCUUGGCCAAGAACAACUCUAUCUAUGUCUUGGCAAAUUUGGGGGACAAAAAGCCAUGUAAUUCCCGUCACUCCACAUGUCCUCCCAAUGGCUACUUUCAAUACAAUACCAAUGUGGUGUAUAAUCCAGAAGGAAAACUCGUGGCACGUUACCAUAAGUACCACCUGUACUCUGAGCCUCAGUUUGAUGUCCCUGAAAAGCCGGAGUUGGUGACUUUCAACACCACAUUUGGAAGAUUUGGCAUUUUCACGUGCUUUGAUAUACUCUUCUAUGAUCCCGCUGUUACCCUGGUGAAAGAUUUCCAUGUGGACACCAUACUGUUUCCCACAGCCUGGAUGAAUGUUUUGCCCCUUUUGACAGCUAUUGAAUUCCAUUCAGCUUGGGCAAUGGGAAUGGGAGUUAAUCUUCUUGCGGCCAAUAUACAUCGUGUCAGCCUAAAUAUGACAGGAAGUGGUAUUUACACACCAAACGGUUCCAAAGUGUAUCAUUAUGACAUGAAGACAGAGUCGGGAAAACUCCUCCUUUCGGACGUGGAUUCACACCCCCUAUCCUCGCUUGCCCCCCCAACAGCUGUGAAUUGGAGUGCCUAUGCCACCACCAUCAAACCAUUUCCAGUACAGAAAAGCACUUUUAGGGGAUUUAUUUCCCGGGACGGGUUCAACUUCACAGAACUUUUUGAAAAUGCAGGAAAUCUUACAGUCUGUCAAAAGGAGCUUUGCUGUCAUUUAAGCUACAGAAUGUUACAAAAAGAAGCGAAUGAAGUGUACGUUCUAGGAGCUUUCACAGGAUUGCAUGGCCGAAGGAGAAGAGAGUACUGGCAGGUUUGCACAAUGCUGAAGUGCAAAACUACUAAUUUGACAACUUGUGGACAGCCAGUAGAAACUGCUUCUACAAGAUUUGAAAUGUUCUCCCUCAGUGGCACAUUUGGAACAAAGUAUGUUUUUCCUGAAGUGCUACUUACCGAAAUUCAUCUGUCACCUGGAAAAUUUGAAGUGCUGAAAGAUGGGCGUUUGGUAAACAAGAAUGGAUCAUCUGGGCCUAUACUAACAGUAUCCCUCUUUGGGAGGUGGUACACAAAGGACUCAUUUUACAGCUCAAGUGGGACCAGCAAUUCAGCAAUAACUUACCUGUUAAUAUUCAUAUUACUAAUGAUCAUAGCUUUGCAAAAUAUUGUAUUGGUAUAGGGCAUGUCUAUCAUUCAGUUUCUGCAUCAUAUACUUGGCUAAAUGUGCUUAUCAGCUUCCCAAGUUUACUAAGAAAUUUUGAAGUGCUAUUUCAGUAGUAUAGACCAGUGAGUUCUAAAUAUUUUUUCUCAUCAAUAAUUGUUUUUUAAGUUUUAUGAUAAUGUUGUCCAUUUUUUUUGGCUACUCUGAAAUGUUGCAGUGUGGAACAAUGGAAAGAGCCUGGGUGUUUGGGUCAGAUAAAUGAAGAUCAGACCGCAGUUCCAGCCUCAUUUGCUUGAGACUUUGUGUGGGUUUGUAUGUAUGGGAGGGUGAAGAGUGAGGAGUUUCAGGGCCAUGGCAAACAUAGCUGUGCCCUUGAAGAGAAUAGUAAUGAUGGGAAUUUAGAGGUUUAUGACUGAAUUCUGUUUGACAUUAAAGACAAUUUGAAUUCACCUAG